AUGGUGGGGAAGCUCUCGAAAGCGGAGAAGAAGGUCCGCUACGACAAGAAGCUGUGCUCGCUUCUGGACGAGUACGGGAAGGUCCUAAUCGCCGCCACCGACAAUGUUGGGUCCAACCAGCUCCAAAGCAUCCGUAGGGGCCUCCGCGGCGACUCCGUCAUCCUCAUGGGCAAGAACACCCUCAUCCGCCGCUGCAUCCGCUUCCACACCGAGAAGACCGGCAACAAGGACUUCCUCAACCUUCUCCCCCUUCCCGUCGGGAAUGUGGGAUUGAUAUUCACAAAGGGUGAUCUUAAGGAAGUUAGCGAGGAGGUUGCCAAGUACAAGUUUUCUGUCGAGUGGUCAAUAUUUUUGGUGUUUUCCAUUUGCAAGUUCGUAGACAACUUUUUUGCUAGAUUAGUCAAGUAUAGUAAAGAUAUCCUAAGUUACUUGGAGGAUCUGUGGCUGAACGAUGAAUGCCAAUAUAAUGGUUCUAUGGUGGAUGUCUUUCUUGUUACUGAUCAAUGA